CGGAGGCGGGCGCGGGACCCGCAGGGCCGGAGCGGCCGCGGCGGCCGGGAGCGGGCCGGGAGCAGGUACUGAUCUGCCUUUGGACCUCGCACAAUGGAGGCUGGCUCCUUGGUACGAGCGGUCUUUGACUUCUGUCCCAGCGUCUCUGAGGAGCUGCCCCUGUUUGUGGGAGACGUGAUCGAGGUGCUGGCCGUAGUGGAUGAGUUCUGGCUCCUUGGCAAAAAGGAAGGCGUCACAGGGCAGUUUCCUAGCAGCUUUGUGGAGCCUGUGGAUAUUCCCCCUAUGAAGCAGGGAGAAAAAUUGUUUGUUUGUACCAGUGACUUCAUAUCUCAAGAGCCAGGGAGCUUGUCAUUGCAGAGAGGAGACCUAGUGAUCCUGGGAGGCUCCCUGGCCUCCAGCUGGCUCCAGGGCCGCAGCAGCUGGGGUUCUAAGGGCUUUUUCCCCUCAUCAUGUGUACGGGAGCUGUGCCUUUCAGUUCGGAGCCAUCAGCUAUCCCAGAGUGCUCUCCUGGAGGUGCCUGCCUACUCACUGGGCCAAGCCCGAGCCCUAAUGGACCUCUCUGCCCAGCUGGAAGAGGAACUGGACUUCAGGGAAGGGGAUGUGAUCAACAUUGUUGGCAUUCCAGAGCCUGGCUGGUUUGAGGGGGAGCUCAGAGGCCACAGGGGCAUUUUUCCAGAGGGCUUUGUGGAGCUGCUUAGUCCUUUGAGAACAGCAGGAACUUCAGAUGAUCCAGAGACCAUGGGACCUUGUGCCACCAAUGGGACAGUGGAGAUGCCCCCCAAGAAGGAGGAGAGCAGAGAAGAUGGGGGGCAGGAGCCAGGGAGCACCUAUGGUGUUGCCCUCUAUCAGUUCCAAGCCCUGGAGUCCAAGGAACUGGAUUUUGAUGUGGGUGACAGGAUUCGGAUCAUAGGGAUUCUGGAGGAUGGAUGGCUAGAGGGGGAGGUGAGGGGGAAACGCGGCAUCUUUCCGCACAGAUUUGUGAGACUGGAAGCCUCUGAUCCCUGCAGAGAAAAAGGAGGUGCUGGCGAUCCCCAGGGUGGAGGCAGCUGUGGAGUAACCAUCCAACAAAACCCAGAAAGCGUCUGCUCGAAAGCUGAUCUUUUGCCAGGGAAAAAUGGCAGGGAAAAGGAGGAUGGAUCAGUUUUGCACGCAGAGCCUGACACUGUUUUGUCUCAGAUAGUGGAGAGGACAGAGGGUCCUCUAGAAAAUGAUCUGGGAAAGAGUCAGGCCUUUCCUGACACAGGACUCCAAGGGCCACAUCCCAAAGACACAGCAGCCUCCCUCCCCUUUGACUGCACAAACACAAUCAAUGGCCUUCUCCCCUCUGCUCAGCUACCUCCCCAGCAGAGCAGCACGUCUAACCAAGCAUAUGUUUUGGAGCCUGGGGGAACCGUAUCAGCCUCCCCAGGAAAUGCAGGAACUCUUGCCCUGCUUGAACAUGAUGGAGACAGUCCCACAGUGCCCUCACAAUCUCCCUGUUCACCUCCAGACAGCAACAGGAGCAAGGUGAUUUCUUCUACCAGCUGGGCAGCAUCAGAGGCCAAGGAGAGCCAGAGUAGUGCCCAGGACCUUGACAGUUGGGUGGACAGUCAACAGGAGAAGUCCAAAUCGGGUUCCUCCAGCUUGGGCAGUGCCCAUGUGGGCCUAGAUACAUGGCCUGGGAGCUGGGGGGAAUGCUCCCUGCCUGCAGUGCAGGGAGAUGGCUGCACAGACCUCGACUCCAAACUGACAGAGCAGCUGGCACAGUUUGAGAAGAGUCUGUCAAGUACUGGUGCCGAGCAGGACAAGGUCUCCCGCCACUUCUCUAUCUUGGACUACAGCUCUGAGAAGGACAUUGUUCGUGGGUCUCCUGAGUCUGCCCCUCACUGCAGGCAGCCAGAGAAAAGGAAGGUGCUGAGGCCACCCCCUCCUCGGCCCAGCACCCUUGCGACAGCCCCUGGGCACUUGCCAGGUAGCCAGGUUCCCAAAGGCAGGUCUCUGUCGUUCUCAGUGAAGCCCUCUCGGCCUGCACCACGGCCUCCAUCAAGCAGUCAGAGAAGGAACAUGGCCCCUCCACAGCUUCAGCCCAGCAGCCAGGAGCAGCAUGUGGAGGAAGGCCGUGAGGAUGCACCUUGGGCAGAGUCAGCUUCCUCACGCUCCAUUCUGCUGAUGAGGAUUGGAGAGGUAGAGCGAGACCUGGAGGCCUAUGGCAAGACUCAAGCUCAGCUGAGCUUGAUGCUAGAGGAGCAGCAAGAUGAGCUGGUGAGAGCAGAGACCCUGGAAAACCUUGAUUUCUGUGACUCCAACAUUGAGAGCCUCAGUGCGGAGCUCCAGGAGCUGAGAGAGAUGACCCUCCUUUCAUCUCAGACACCAUCCCUAGAGACUUCCUCAGCUGCCACUGAGAGCCCAGAGCAAAGGAUGCUGGAGAAGAGAUCCAAGGUUAUUGAGGAACUGCUCCAGACAGAGCGGGACUAUGUCCGAGAUCUGGAGAUGUGUGUGGAGAGGAUCAUGGUGCCUCUGCAGCAAGCACAGAUGACGAAUAUAGACUUUGAUGGUCUUUUUGGAAACAUCCAGGUGGUAAUUACCUUCUCCAAAGAGCUGCUGACCGCCUUGGAGGCUUCAGAUGCCAUUGGGCCAGUAUUCCUGACACGGCGUGCAGAGCUGGAGGCCGUCUACAGGGUGUAUUGUCAGAACCACAACGAGGCCAUCACACUUUUGGAAACUUAUGAGAAGGAUGAGAAGAUUCAGAAAUUACUCUUGGACCUACUGGAUAGCCUCAGGAGCCUGUACAGUGAGUGGGGCUGCACGAACUACAUUAACCUGGGCUCAUUCCUCAUCAAGCCAGUGCAAAGGGUGAUGCGGUACCCGCUGCUGCUGAUGGAACUGCUGAGCGCCACCCCUGAGUCUCACCCUGACAAGGCGCCGCUCACGGCUGCUGUCCUCGCGGUCAAAGAAAUCAAUGUCAAUAUCAACGAAUACAAGCGCCGGAAAGACCUGGUGCUAAAGUACCGGAAAGGGGAUGAGGAUAGCCUCAUGGAGAAGAUCUCCAAGCUCAACUUCCAUUCUAUCAUCAAGAAAUCCAACCGUGUGAGCAGCCAUCUCAAGCAUCUCACAGGCUUUGCCCCUCAGUUGAAGGAUGAGGCCUUUGAGGAGACAGAGAAAAAUUUCCGGAUGCAGGAGCGGCUGAUCAAGUCCUUCAUCCGAGACCUUUCCCUCUACCUGCAGCACGUCCGGGAGUCAGCCUGCAUGAAGGCGCUAGCAGCGGUGAGCAUGUGGGACCUGUGCACAGAGAAGGGCGGUGGGGACUUGGACCAGUUCCAGAAAGUGAAUCGGCUCAUCAGUGACCAGCUCUUCUCCAACUUUAAAGAACGGACAGAGCGGCUGGUGAGCUUGCCCCUGAACCAGCUGCUGAGCAUGUUCGCAGGGCCACACAAGCUUGUGCAGAAGCGUUUCGACAAGCUACUUGACUUCCACAACUGCACUGAGCGAGCAGAGAAGCUGAAGGACAAACGAACACUGGAGGAACUGCAGUCGGCCCGCAACAACUACGAGGCCUUGAAUGCCCAGCUGCUGGACGAGCUGCCCAAAUUCCAGCGCUUUGCCAAGGAGCUGUUUGCCAGCUGCGUGCGGGGCUAUGCCAAGGCUCACUGUGACUUUGUGCGCUUGGCCCUGGAGGAAUUGAGACCCCUGUUGUCGUUGCUGAAGGUGGCCGGCAGGGAGGGGAACCUCAUUGCCAUCUUCCAGGAAGAGCAUGGUCGAGUCCUCCAGCAGCUCCAGGCCUUCACCUUCUUCCCAGAAUCACAGGCAGCUCCCAAGAGGCCCUUUGAGAGGAAGAGCAUGGAGCGUCAGUCUGCUCGGCGGCAGCCGCUCGUUGGCUUGCCCAGCUAUCUCCUGCAGUCAGAUGACGUCCGAGCUGCCCUCCUGGCCCGGUAUCCCCCAGACAGUCUCUUCCAGGCAGAUCGCAAUUUCAAUGCUGCUCAAGACCUGGAUGUCUCACUGCUGGAGGGAGACAUUGUGGGUGUCAUCAAGAAGAAAGACCCUAUGGGCAGCCAGAAUCGGUGGCUCAUAGACAACGGGGUGACCAAAGGCUUUGUGUACAGCUCCUUUCUGAAGCCCUACAACCCGCGCCGCAGCCACUCAGAUGUCUCGGUGGGCAGCCACUCUUCCAAUGAGUCUGAGCACAGCAGCUCUUCUCCCCACAGCAACACCGUGCUGACCUUCAGCCCCAGUGGGGCAGCUGUGACCUUCACUCAGAAAUCCCUACAGGACUCCGGCUCCCCAGGAGACCUGUACCAGUCCCCGCAGCCCCGCUCAGAGAUGGACUCCCCCUGUCAACCCCAGCUUGGCUGCAGGGACAGGACGGCUCCCGUGGAGGCCAGUAUGGUGUCAUCUCAGCGCCGCCACAGCCACCUUGAGGCAGGCUGCAACACCAGCCCUCGCAAUGGACACUUCUCCAAAGCACAUCUCAGGCCUGUGCUCUCAGUGGAGGACAGAGACUCUGGGCUGGAGAGCAGUGAGUCAGAGGGCAACCAGAUCUAUUACGCUCUCUACACUUUCAAAGGCCGUAACACCAAUGAACUGAGUGUGUCAGCUAACCAGAGACUCAGGAUCCUGCAGUUCGAAGACAUCACAGGCAAUCGAGAGUGGUGGCUGGCCGAGGCACAUGGGAAGCAGGGCUAUGUGCCUUCCAGUUACAUCCGAAAGACAGAGUACACGUGAGGUGAUGGGCAGGAGCCUGCACCCCGUGCCUUGUUCCUGCUGGGACAGUUGGGGCGCAGGGAGACUGGUUGGCCCUGCUGGGUGCUGCAGCCUGCCCUGCUUGCCCCGAGGGGCCAAGGCUGUGUCCCUCACAGCUGCACAGCGCUCCCAAGCCUUGCUGCACAGGCUGCCGUAGGGAGUGGGAAGGGUGGGUUGGCAAGGGCAGGUAUGGGACAGGCAGCUUGUGCAAGUUCAAGGGUAAGUUGUCUUCACACUGGGCUGCUUACUCCUGUGUCCAGCUGGUAGCAGUCAAGCACAGCAUAGGACCAUGGCCCAGGAGGAAUUAGCUUCACUAAGGCCAAAAAGCUGCUGUGGGUUUAACGUGUGAAAGUCUAUUACUGAGUUUCCAGUCCACCUUUAGCCAAAUAGUGUUAAAAGAAACCCGGGCCCUGUGAACAGGAUCCCUGUGGCUGUCUCAGCAGCAGCAGGAGCCUUCUGAGCCUGUCUGUGGAGGAUGCCAGGGCAGAACAUCUCUGUUCUGCCCAGAGCAAUUGCUCUGAGGACUGCUGUGAGACCCAGCCACCAAGAAAACCCACAGCAGAGCUCCAUAAUGUUACAUUUGCCUGCUUGGGCUCCCUGGGGCUGGGGGCAGGUGGGGGGGGAGGAACAGACCUAUCCAGUCUCUGCUGAUAGCACCAGCCAUCAUGUUCCUGUCUCCCAGGUGAGCAGAAGGUCCCAUAUUCCCUUGUCUCCACUCCCCAAGACCUAUCUGCACCAGCAUGCCCCAAAAGAGCAAGACUCAGUUGUGCCUGUACUUGCUCCAGGGCUCUGGCAAUGGUGCUUCAUUGUAGGAGGGCAAGGCUCUCCCCAGGAGAGAUGUGCUGCCCUAUGCUGGCGGGAGGUGGGGAGGACGGGUGUGUGUGUGGGGGGUGUCCUUACCCACUGCUGUGCCUUAGAGGAGGGUUGCUCCUUUCUCCUGAGGGCGGGAGGGUUUAUGGCCCCUGUACUGCUGCUCUGUAAAUAAAAACUUGCCCUUGUAUAUAGGAAGUGCCUGUGCAAGCAUCAGGAAAACUGGAAGGAGUGCCUGGCAGAGCCUACAGCCUUAACGCAGACCCACAGGGGCUGGGGAGGGCGCUUACCUUUCAAUAUGGUCCAGCAUGCUUCUGCUCUGGCAGCUUUUGCCAGCUGCAGCUCAGGUGCUAGGAAACGCUCCUCAGAGUAAUCUUCAUAGGGAUAUUGCACUGCCCCCCAUAGAUAGAGAUAUUACACUGCAGAGCCCACGUUUUGUGUUAAAUGCUACAGGUGGGGCUGUGAGUGGCUGGUGUCCCUCAUGCCCUCAGCUAAAGUGAAGUGUUUUGUUCUGCUGUAAAUGCUGGUGUGGGCUGCCUGGCGGCCCCAAAAGAAGAGCAGGACCAAGAGUUUGUCAACAGUAAAUGUGUGCAUGUGUAAGUAAGUGCACAUGUGUGCAUGCGUGUGCACAUCCAUAUUGGUGUUUGCACCUCUCCAGUAGCUUGUCUGCACCACAGUCACAUUUGUAGUCUGGCACCACAGCCCAAAAUGGUUACAAUGGUCAGAACUGGGCCCCGAGAACCCCGUCAGUUAUUUACAGUACAAAGGCAGAUACAGCCAUAAAGAAAACAGCUAGGUCCUGACUCCUGGCUCCCCCACUGCCAGCAAACAUCUUAACCCUCAUCUUGCAGCCCUAUGAAUAUUUUUGCUGGCACAAUAGUGUGAUGGAGGUGGAUUCGGUUUUUUUUUUUUUUUUUUUUUUUUUUUCACAUUAAAAAGCUGCCAUCUGGAGCAUGGUCCUCUGUGUGCCUACAGCAGUGUGGAUCUGGGGCUCACCUCAAAUCCAGGAGUAACAAUAAGAUCCCUUCUGUUUUCUGUAGGACAGGUGGAGGGAGAGAUUCUGGCCGUGACCAUUAGGGCACCCACAGAGCCAUAUGUUUGGGCAUUUAUGUUCAUGCUACUUGAUUUGGACUCUCUAGCCUUGUGUGUCUGUAACCUCAGUGUACCACAUUCCCCCAAGCACUGGACAGGAUUUUAAGCUAAACUGAGGCUUAUUGAGCAUGCCUACCAUCAGGCUUUUAGUUGGAAGACUGGAAACAUUUACAAAAAGUAAAUAAAUUAUUCACUCCUAGAUUAAACUGUAAAUUUCAUUCCAUAGUGAUACAGUAUCUUUCAAGUAGGUUCU